AUGGAAAAUGGCGUAAAGCCAACCAAGCCAAUCACACCACGUUCACCUAAGGAUUUAUCGUUAUCGUUAUUGCGUCAUAAUUUAGCAUUGAUUGUACGAUCGGUGGUACAUUUGGAACCUAGAUUUGCUGCUCGUGCUAUUCGAACAAUCACUUCAACACGUAAGCUAUGCAUUUUGCAUCCAGAUGUGCUGGCUAGAUUGGUAGAAGAGGGAACCCUCAAAGAAUCUCCUGUUCGGGCUCAAUUGCUAUCUCAUCUUCCUCAUCCUUACACGCCAGCUCAAACAUCUUCCGUAAAAACAGCAACAGCUGAUUCAAUGGAUGUUGAUGUACCAGCAGAUUCUGCUAAAGCAGACAAUGCCAAAAAGACCACAACUAAAGACGCAACCGAUACACCAUUCAAACAUGUGGCAGAGGCAACGGCAGAUCUUGAUGCAUACCUUUCGCUUUUGGUUGCCGUUUACUUGAUCGACACAAAUCAUGUUUCAGAAGCUUUGAAUUUGGCAAGAUCUUCAUUAACACAGAUGCAAACAGCAAACAAACGUACACUUGAUCAAACGAUGGCACGUACUGUGUAUUACCUUGCAAGAUGCAUCGAAAUUCUCAAAGCACAAGGCAAAAGUGGAGGAUUGGCAGAAGAACGUACUGCACUUCUAUCAAUUCAUCGUACCGCAGCAUUGCGACAUGACGUCGAGACAAAUGCAACUGUGCAGAAUCUGCUGCUACGAUCAUACAUUGUGGAAUCCAACUUAUACGAUCAAGCUGACAAGCUCGUUGCACGCGCUCCAUUCCCAAGGGCUCAAGCUGGAAACGGACAGAUUGCAAGAUACGAGUACUACGUAGGACGAAUUCGUGCAGUUCAAUUGAAUUACACCGAAGCACACACCCAUCUGCAGCAAGCUAUCCGAAGAGCACCCCAGCCAAGCUCACUGACAGAGGAGGAGGAAAAGCCAAGUACAACCACAACAAGCAAAGGAGAAAAGAAGGGCGAGAAAGAAGAUUCUGAUGCGAAGAAGGACGAUACACCAGCUGGAGUUGGAUUCCUUCAAACUGCUUACAAAUAUCUUGUGGUCGUUGAAUUAUUGAUGGGAGACAUUCCAGAAAGAAGUAUUUUCCGCAUGCCAAUCUUGAAGAAAGCUCUAGCGCCAUACAUGGAGAUCGUUCAAGCUGUGCGUGUUGGAGACCUUUCAAGAUUCUCAAAGACUCUGUCCACGUAUACAACUCUCUUCCAAGCUGACAAGACGUACAGCUUGAUCUUGAGGUUACGUCACAAUGUGAUCAAAACGGGAAUUCGUACAAUCUCUUUGGCAUAUUCUCGUAUCAGUUUGGCAGAUAUCACCAAGAAGCUUCAUUUGGAAUCCGAGGAAGAUGCGGAGUAUAUUGUUGCAAAAGCAAUUCGCGAUGGUGUGAUUGAAGCACAGGUAAACCAUGAACGUGGUGAAAUGACCAGUCGUGAAACCGGUGAUGUUUAUAGUACAAAUGAACCUCAAGCACAAUUACGACAAAGAAUUAAUUUCUGCUUGCAAUUACACAACGAAAGUGUAAAAGCAAUGCGUUAUCCACUUAACAAUCACAAAGCCGAAUUGGAUUCUGCUUCGGCCGCUCGUGAACGUGAACGUGAGCUUGCUCAAGGUAUUGCUGAUGGAGAUAUUAGCGAUGAAGAUGAAGAUUGGGUUUGAGGGGGCUUUAAACUGUGUAUCUUUUUUUAUAUCUCGCAUCGCAAUUAAUGAGAAAUAGAAGCU